UUGUGCUCAGACGGUCCAGGCGUGCUGCCUGCGGGAAUGUAGCUUAGCUUUGCCCCCCAGUAGCUCCCAGUAAGUAGCUCGUCGAGAAAACGUGACCGUGAGCUCAGACACCAGCCCAUAUCCACAUCUACGGAGCUGGAGGUAGACAAACCGGCCAUAUCUACUCAGCUAGGACUAGACACGCCAGCUAGGGGUAACACAGCCACCCAGGUGGGGGUAUAAAGCCGAGUGGGGAGCCUCUGCUGCUUCAGCACAAAUACCCGCUGGAAAACAGCACAGCGGCGACACGCUGCUAACGUUAGCUGAGAUCUGUGUGGUUUGGAAGCGGCUCUCGUGGCAUGACGACCACUAACAAGGGAAACAAAGCCUUGAAGGUGAAGCGGGAGCCGGGCGAGAAUGGCACGAGCCUCACGGACGAUGAACUGGUAUCCAUGUCGGUGCGGGAGCUGAACCAGCACCUGCGUGGCCUGUCAAAGGAGCAGAUCUUACAGCUGAAGCAGCGGCGGCGUACACUGAAGAACCGUGGCUAUGCCGCCAGCUGCCGCGUCAAGCGCGUCACUCAGAAGGAGGAGCUGGAGCGACAGAAGGCUGAGCUGCAGCAGGAGGUGGAGAAGCUGGCUUCGGAGAACGCUAGCAUGAAGGUAGAGCUGGACGCCCUGCGCUCCAAGUAUGAGGCGCUACAGAGCUUUGCCAGGACUGUGGCCCGAGGGCCCGUGGCACCAGUAAGCAACGCAGCAGUGCCCGUCUCCGCCCGUGGCCCGCUGGCCUCCGUCAUAGGGCCCCUCGUACCAGGAAAGGUGGGGGCCACCAGCGUCAUCACGAUAGUCAAGUCCAAAACGGACGCGAGGUCUUAGUACAGGCCAGGAUUGGGAGAGCACAAGAGGUUUGGUCAGUGCAUCACAAUUUAGGCACACCUCAUUACGGUCAAAAGGUCAAAAUUGAUACAAAUAUCACCCAACCAGAUGGGAGAUAGAAGUGAAGGGCAUCCAAAACAGGUUGUCCUCCCCUCAUCCUAAAAAUAGCAUCCACUGAUGUGGUCGGUCCAACCUCUUUUCUGUACGCCGUUGCAAAAAGGAAGAGCCCACAUCAAGAACGCUUCAAUUAAACACCUGGGCUUCCAAAAACGUCUCCAAAUUAAGAGAAAAUUUUCAAAAAGAUGCAGCAAAUCUGUUUUAGUGGAUGUCCAUAGUGACUGCAGUGAGCGCUGUGUUUAUAUAGUGUUCUGUUUUUGUACUAUUGUUUAGGGCCCAAUGUUAAUGGUAUUUUCUGUGUUUUGUUUUUAUGACGAUUUGUGAUUUUUAUGCAACGUUUUGAAGUUUGUUGUGUUUCCGAUAUGCUGUAUUUUUGCUGUUUUCCGUCCUUUUUCGUAUUUCAGAGGAGUUAGUCGCAAAACACUGAUUGAAAAGUCUAGACUUUUCAUACUGUUCCUUCCUCCACCUCGUGCUUGUAAAGCAUCUGAACUGAACUAUGGACAAGGAAUGAAAAGAAUGGCUAUUUUUCAUGAGAAAUACUUUAAAAAUGAGUCAGAACUUGUUCAGGAGACCAGUAUCUGUGCUGAUGCAGCAUCACCUUCCCCUCUUUAUACUGAUCUUUAGUCACAAAAUUAGAUCUUGCAUCAGGUCUGAGAUGGAUGUCCUGAACAUGCUCUGCUAUAUACUUCAGCUCAAGGUUUUGCGCAAAAGAUGGCGUCCAUUUAUUUGUGCCUAAUGUUGUGCACUGACCAGCCACUGCAGAAAAGGGAGACGAGGAGAGUGAGCUGAUGUUGUUCGUAUGGUAGCUAUCAGGAUAACUGAGACCAGUUUAUGUGAUUGGGUAGUCCUUUUUUCAGGAGAAAUAAAAAAAGGAUUUGUUUCUUUUUGUAAAAGUUUAUUGGCAAGGCAAUAAGAUAUUUAUGUUGUGAGAAGCUAAACUGAUUGUCUUUCCUUCAUGGAGCUAGUGAAUAUUUGUCAUGUGUUUUACAUAGUCUUAUGCUAGUAAAACUACUAUUUGUGUUAUUUUGAAUACAAAGUAUUAAUUUUUGCUGAUUGCUAGGUUAGUACGUUUCCCCUGUCUUUGCCUUUCAGUAGCUCCAGAGACGGAUUUUGUCCCUCUUUCAUUUGUCCCCUUUAACAAAGUGGAUAAAGGUUGCUCUUAGAUUAGAAAAAAAGGAAAAAAAAACACUUCUCUAUUUGAAAUAGGGACUGUCUGGUUGCAUAAACCGGUGAACUCUCACAAGCUUUACCAUAAAUCUGUCGCUGUGACGUUGCGUAACGUAUUCUAAGAAUCUUUGUCUAUAUGGUGGAGUCUUGAAUUUUAUAUAAAAACCACACACAUAGAAUAUCUUGCAUUAUUUAUAAAACAUUUAAAAAAAGAAUCUAAAGUUGUUUGAUAUCUCUUUUUUGCAAUUGUACCAAAAGUGGCUUAACUAUUGAAGUUGAUAGCUUUUUCUAGUGACUAGGCGCGUAAAACUGUGGACUAGCGCGUGUGGUGUGAUGUGUAAGUGAUAAGGUGAUGGUACUGUUCACUAUUUUUUGGAUGUGACGCUCUUCUGUUCUUAUUUUGGCCAAACCAAGGUGAUGGAACCACGUUACCCACAAUCCUGUAGUCCGCCCCUCCCUCCCCCAAUGCAGUUGUUUUGGCAAAUAGCAUUUAAUAGAUUUUAGAGGUCGCUUAGGCUAUGUUCACAUUACAGGCCUUUUUGCUCAUUGUGUGUCAUGACCAUCAAACAAACUCACUGACAGCACAAGCCUUCAUCACAGUGAUAAUUUGCUCUGAACCACCUUUAGCUGUUCAUUAUUAGAAUGAGACAAAGGUGAAGAAACGGUCAGACGCAUUGCUUUUGCAGCAUUUACUGACACUAACUUCAGGUUCAGCACUACUGCCAUGUUAAUGCACAGUGAGGAUGCGUGUGCUGUGGGGGGGGGGAACACAUGAAUUCUGAUCUGACCGUUCUCGUCCAGGUCACAUGACCUCAAAUCAGAUAUGUGUCCCAUCUAAGACUUACGUGUAAAGGGGUUCCCAUCUGAUUGAAAAAAAUCAGAUCUGUGUCACAUUUAAGGAAUGGUUUGCCGAUAAAUCCAGUAGUUGCCCUAGUUGUAGUCAAUCAAGGCAUGUUUGGUGUCCAAAUAAGUUUAGUGCUGAAGCCACAAGGCUAGUAUAGCUAACAUUAGAAGUCAGUAGUCACCCAAAUCUUUUCAUAAGUCCAUCCCCAAAGCUUUUGUUACUUUGUUUGUUAUUUACAAAUUGAAACGACAGAAAUGACUAAAGUGGCGGCCCCUGCAUGGUGUUUUGUUAAUUUUCAUAUUUCACAGUAAGUUAUACUGUGUCCUACGCCACAUUGAAAAAUACAGCUAAAAGAUGAAUCCGUAUUAUAAGUUGCAAUUGAAAGAAUGUAUUUUUAAUGAAGGCUGUAGUUUUGAUUAUAGCCUGUAUUAAGCUGUUUGUUUUCUGAAGGUUUGAGUUUUAAUCUAAUAAUAGAGAUUGUGAGCUGCCUGUUAGUUAGACCAGUCAGAACCAAUUGAAGUUGUGUGUACUGUGUACCAUACAACUACAUCUGACUAGAAGUCUGUUGUUCUUGGCCCAGAAAAAGCAGAUCUGGACCCUACAUUAUAAAAAAUGCAAUUUAAAUUUCAGUCUUAAUAUUGGUGAGGAAAAAUCAAUCCCCACAUCAUUCAGUCCUGAAGAGUCUGUACAAACUUAAUGAAGACCUGGAUGCUUUUUGAGUUGGUUGAGAGGUUUUAGGGAUGUAUUUAUAGCUUUAAAUUUGGGUAACUAUUGACUUCUGGUGUUUGCAACAUUAGCACGUAAGCUACAAGGCUAAAGUAAAGAAGCAAAAAAAACAAACAUGUCUUGGCUGAUUAACUACAGCUGGGCUACGUGGACAACUGUUUGAAUUAGAUUUUUCACUAAGCCAUUCCUUUUAGGAAAGAUAAUGGGAUUUGUGCCACUUUGGUAAUGUGAACAUAGCUUUACAAACACACUCUGCUUCUCCCCAGAAUUGGCCUUUGGGGGUCAGUUAGUUCAAAAGCUGUAUUCGCUUAAUGAGCAAUAGGUAGUAAAUGAACUGAAUGCUCUUAAUCAUAGCUCUUCCUUGUCUAAGGCAUUUUGGAGUGGCCCUUGGUGGUUUAAACUCUACAUCAAGGCUUAAAGGCUGCUGAGUAGCAGCGGUGAGUGCUUUUGUACUCUAAUGCCAAAGGGACUGGACACAGUUUCCUUGACAUCAGCAAGACUGGGUCUUUGUGCCCCAUUUAGCAACAACUAUUCUUACUAGAUUUCUAUUCUACUCCUCUUAUAGAAAAUAAGCAAAGCUAAUAAAGACAAAUUCUCAGGAAAGUGGAACUACAGCAAGGGUUUGUGGGAUACGAUUAGGAACCUACCGUCUCAUCACCUCUGUUUGAUAAAGUCCUUUUUUUUGUGAUGUGUGAUUUUUAUAUUUUGGUGUAAAAUGUUUCUAUGGUAGAUUAUAUUUAAUGUAUUAUGUUGUGCUUUUUUUUCCUUUGGUUAUUUGUCAUUUUCUUUAAAUGCCAGGGAAGUGACACUGCACUGAUAUCAACGUACAAAACAAAACAAAAGCAAUGUGCUCUCUUUGCUCCUGUUGUCUUUCAAAAGGAGCCUUCUGCUUUAUACUUGUGCUAAAGGAUGCCAGCAGAAGGUUCUGUGUUGGAGUGCUGAGUGCCUCCCUGGGUCUGCCACUGAAUACUCUUUGAACCGCAGGUUGAGGGAGCGCUACAAAAGUAUUAUGUAGCGGAUAUCGGAAAGAAAUACCUUAAACGAUUUGGUGGAAGGUCAUGCCUUUUAGACUAUGCUAAGAAAAUGCUAUACAAGCACUGUACGCAGUAGUGGUACUGAAAUCUUUUUUUUUUUUUUUUUUUUUUUGUGUUUUCAUGUCAUAAAGACGUUAAACUGUUUAACGGUAAACCACCCUGAUUCGCUCAAUUAGGCCUUAAAAAGCCUCACACCAGCCAAAAUAAUAGUUUUUUCAGCCCUAACCAGCUCAAACUAUACAUUUACAUUUUGAAAUACUGUCUUCAGCGUUUGGAUUCUUGGCCAAGCCAGCUCCAGCCUUGAGGGCCACAGUCUAGCACAGUUUCAGUGCCCUAACACAGCCGAUUCACCUCAUGAAGGGCUUCAUAAUUAGCAGAUGAACUGAACUGGGUGUGUUACAUUUUGAAACGUGUGCAGUGGCUCUGCAGACUUGGGUUAAACGUGUGCAGUGGCUCUGCAGACUUGGGUUAAACGUGUGCAGUGGCUCUGCAGACUUGGGUUAAACGUGUGCAGUGGCUCUGCAGACUUGGGUU